UACAUGUGAGCUCUUCACUUUGUUAAAUUGCGCGCAUACAAUCAAUAUUAUAUUUCGUUAUGUGGACAUAUACGUUGAUAGUUUUAUGUUUUGUAAGAGUCGGGCAUGGCCAAAUUUUGGAGCCGAAUCCAUGUACGUGGCAGGAGACAAACUUGAAGAUGGUUGAAAGAAUAGCUGUCCUUGAAACGAAGCAGACAUUUCUUAAAGACACAAUAUCCAGACAACAAAAUUUAAUCGAUGAUUUGGUAAACAUUGUAAUGAAACAAUGGGGAUCUUGGUCGGAGUGGAGCGCAUGCGCAUUCAAGUGUAGUGGAAGUGACGUAGACAAUGGACGCACCCAAACCAGAACGAGGCUACUAAUGAAAGACAAUGUCGCCAUGCAAAAUGAAACUGAGCGACGGCCGUGUAACGCUGUUCAAUAUGCAGGAUGUGAGGCGUCGACUCGUCCGGACGACCAGUACGGUGUUGCCUAUGACUACCGUGAUCAGAUGGCUCAGGCCACGUGCACCGCGUUAUUGGACAAAGGCGGUGCGCAUGUGUACGCCGUGAGACGCGCAUGCUCCAGCUUGACCGUGCCGUGCGCAGAGGUCUGCUCAAGCCUCAGUCUGACUUGUUUCAACUCACUUCACGUGUACACUCCCGACACUUGGCUACCACGGGGCGUUACGGGACAGAAAAGUACCCACAUGUAUCGAUACAACGGCUGUGGUGGAGGCUGUGGACCCAACUUUUGCUGCUGCCGCUCGUAAAUAAGAACCGAUUGAAUCAAUAUUUUGGUGUUACCUUUUAUUGCAAAAGAAGUAACUUAUUAAUUCCAUACGUAUGUUAACUAAUUAAUUCGAUAAGUACGUUGCAGCGAGUGUAGUUGUAUAAAUGUUCAAAAUACAAUAUUGAAUAACUUUUACAUUAAAUAAUGCAAUUUAUGUACACUACAUCAAUUAAAUAUAUGUUUUUCAAACUUAGUUCUAUAAGAUUAUGGCUAUACAUUUCUUAUUUUCAUAUAUCAAAACUCAAACAAACGUUCACUUGCUAAAGUUAAAAAAAUACACGGAUGCAUCCGUCUCGAAAACUGUUUAGAUAUGCAUGAACACAUACACGUUGGUCAGAAAAGCUACUCUUUCAUAUCGUAUUUGAUAUAAAAUACCUAUAAUUUAUCAGAUUGACCUUUAUUUGUACAAUUCUGUAUAGAUUUCUUCUUUUCUUUAAAAAUAAAAAAAUGCAAUCAAAAAAAUCUAUGUAUCGAGUUUCGUUCUCAAAAGAUAAAGGAAACCAUGAUGCCUGAAGGGUAUUUAAAUAAUUACUAUUGAUAGGCCUAUGGUCAUCUUUGCGAGAUUUGAUCAUGGUUAUGCAUUAUGGGGCAGAAUGAUGUUCGGAUCUUUGGAAAAUCAACUUUGGGAUACGAUUAAGAUACAAAACAAAAACAUCAAAAGAGUCCUUAUAUAGAUAUCAGCGUUCAGAAACUAGUGUCGUCUUUUGAAAUUACAAUUAAAAUAACUUUUUUAAAACGUGAGUUUCAUGACUUUGGUCAGCGUUUAAGAAGAUUUUGGUAUGCCAAAUACCGGGCAAUUUUGGGCGAGUUUCCGGAUACCGAGGUAAGGUACGCCGAAGUACACAAAUAUUUUAGACUGGAUUCGGAUUCAAUAAGAAAACAAGCAAACAUAAAUGACAGUAAUAUAAAUAAUAUUCAUGACAGAUGAAUCGUUAAUAUGGCAAACUUUUCGAGAGAAAUAUACAUAAACAUCUUAUGAACCAACAAUGAAUUUGGUACACAGUUGAAAAUUCAAUGUUUGACUAAAUUCGACUGCUUAAAA